CCCAAUAAAAAAUUUCAAAUAUGAACAACUACUGCACACAUGUUCCUUUUUUUGUUUCUUUUAUCAUAAUUCAAAUAUUAUCCCGCUGUAAACUGAACAACAACUGUCCAUAUUCCUUUUCCACCGCUGCAAGCCUGCAACUGCUGCCAGACCUCCACGCCGUCCAGGGUUUUGCAAUCUUCUUCACAGAGACCCACUACUUUUCUUUUUCCUUCUUCUGUCUUCAUCGCCUCUUCUUUUUUAUUGCUACCGGUGGAAUUUGGAAAAAUAAGCAGGAUAUGGCUUCGAUGGAUGAAACAAAUAUUUUUGAUCUUCCAUCUGAUACACACAAUAGUAUAUCAGUGGAUUCCCUUUCAAGCCAACCUGUGGAUGAUAACAGAAAUGAAGACGAAAGGAAUUCAAAUCAAGCAAAUGAAGGUGCCAAUAGGAAAAAAAGGAAAAAAACUUCAAUUGUGUGGAAUGACUUUGAUGAAAUUCAAGUUGCUGAAGGUGUUAAGAAAGCUAUUUGCAAAUACUGUAAAAAUGCAUUUGCUACUGGGGGAAGAGGUGCGAGCACAAGCCAUCUAAAGAGACAUUCAGAAGGGUGUUUGCAGAGAAAGUUUCUCGUAAGACGAUACGAAGUGAUUGCAUAGCAAUAUAUGAAGCAGAAAGAAAAGCAUUGAAGGAAUUAUUAAAGAGUGUGAGCAAGAUUAGCUUGACAACAGAUAUGUGGAAAUCCAGUCAUCAAGUGAUUGAAUAUAUGGUAAUCACUGGUCAUUUUAUAGAUUCUGGGUGGAAGCUUCAGAAAAGAAUUUUA